AUGCUGCAGGCCGCGGAGGACUUGGACAUCGGGGGCCAAGGGGCGGAGGCUGCAAGGCAGACGGUGGUAAUUUUGCCUAUACUUGCAAACCUCGCAGGGGAGCACACCGAUUCCGAAUCGGAUGAUGAUGAUGACGCGACGGAGUGGUCGCCUGGCUUAGGUAGGUGCUUAGCUAGGUGCUGGCCUGGGUGGGGCUCUGAGACAGCCAACGGAGACGAGUCGCACAGAAAACUGGUGUCUCCCGAGGAUACGCCGGAGAGGGAGGUGUUGAGGGAUGUGGAGGUGGAGGUAAGCGGCAAGCAGGUGGCCGCACCUGCCAUCGGUGGCCUGACGCUGAAUGAGCCUCACAGUAGGUUUCUCUUGCCUCUGGAGGUUGUCCUGUUCGAGCCAUCCGAAAAGGAGAUAGGGACACCCUACGAACCUGGCAAACUGGGGAAACGUUUCAUUUUUCUGAACACCAAGCUCAGCAAGGCUGAGCAAACAGGCCUUCAAGCUCUCCAUGCUGCCCUGGCCGCGGAGCGUUCAGUAACAGCCGAAGGCGACAGCGAGUUCCCGCCUUUCGUCGGACUGCAUGCGCUCCGUAUCCUGCAGCAGGGGUCGGCGGAUACAAAGAAGGCCGUGAACAUCAUGCUGACUCAUUUGGACAUGCGUGUGAAGCACUUGCCAGUCUUUGAGGAGGAACUGUUGCGAAACCUGAAGACGGGCUUCAUAUACUGGCAUGGUCGCGACCGCAAAUGCCGCCCAAUCUUGGUGUGGCGCCUUGCGAGGAUGGAAGCCAUAGACAGAGACACGGCGGUCAAGCUGGUAAUCUUUGUGCUGGAGUAUGGUAUCCGCUACGCGUUGGUGCCUGGCCGCGUGGAGAAUUGGAUUUUGAUCGUGGACCUGGAGGACGUCGGGGCGGGCGUUGCUACGUCGUCAGCCAAUCGGGAGGUAUCCAAGAAGUGUGCGAUCCUUCUCGAGCAGGUCUACUGCGGGCGAAACGUCACGACAAAGAUCAUGAACUCACCCCGGAUGGUUAAGUCGAUCGCGAAUUCUUUCAUUCCCACGGAUAAGAAGGACAAGGUGCAAUUCGUCGGCGAUGCUGAAAUUCAGACCACGAUGCUGGGGCUCGCUGAGCCGCAUCAGUUGGAACAGAGAUACGGUGGCACCGCUCCGAACUUGGCGCCAGAGGAGACGUACCCUUACCAUUUUUUUCCCAACGCAAGUGGCGAGGCACAAGCUGGUAACACUGGCGAGUCACUUCACAAUGUCACGGAUCGUGCGUUCCAUGAGGGCUGUCUUUGGGAUGAGUCUUCCACGACUCGGAAGGCGGCGUGGGUGGACAGCUUGCAGGGGCAAAGCCUAACCUCUGCAGCUGUCCGAGACCUUGAGAGCAUGGGGAUUCAGAACAUCAAGCCUUGCGUGGACAAGGAGUCUUGGCUUCGGCUGAUCAAGCGUCAGAAAUGA